AUGCCACCCAAGCGCAAAUCCACCGGCGCAACAAUGUCCCAAGCGAAUCAGACGCUCUCCAAGCGACUGCGCAACUCGACAACAGCAACUUCUGACGGGGCUGAGGCGAUUUCCGAGGUAAAUGAUACCCCAGAGACUGAUAUUAACAAUUUGCUCGCACCUCAAUUCAUCCCGAGCCCCAUUCAGACUGCAACGCCCAAGACCGGAGAGAAGAGAAAACGUGGUCGUCCACGCAAAACCCCUGAGGCCCCGACUGAUCAGCCACAAACUCCCAAGCGCGGACGUGGCCGUCCACGCAAGAUCGUCUUGGAAAAUGAAACAGCCACAAUGGCAGUGGCCUCGCCCGCGAAGAGAGGCCGAGGACGCCCUCCCAAGGUACCAGGACGACCCGGCGAGAGCCUUCCCGCUAAGCCAACCGCAAAUGCUUCAACAACUCCCAGGGGCCGGGGUCGACCUCGUCUGAGCCUGCCUGCCAAGACAACGGCCGAUCCGACAAGCCCCAAGAGAGGUCGGGGUCGGCCUCGCAAGAGUAUGCCCGCUGCAUUAGUUCCGGAUACAUCAAGCCCUAAGAGAGGCCGUGGACGCCCACCCAAGAGGCAAAACGUUGACGAUGCUAUCAAAGCCGCUGUACCCAUCAGUACCACCAAAGACGUUGACACCUCCGAAGCUAUGGAACUGAAGGCCGAGGCCGCAACAGAGAGCAAGCCCAAGGGAGGUGAUGGCCGUUCUUACUGGCUCAUGAAGGCAGAGCCCGAAACUCGUCUUGAGAAAGGCGUUGAUGUUAGGUUUUCGAUUGAUGAUCUUGCUGCUGCAAAGGUCCCAGAGCCCUGGGAUGGAGUUCGCAACGCCGUUGCACGCAAUAUUAUGCGAGAGAUGAAGAAGGGUGACUAUGCAUUCUUCUACCACUCCAACUGCAAGGUCCCCGGGGUGGUUGGAAUCAUGGAGAUUGUGCAGGAGCACUCGACUGACGAGUCUGCCUUUGACCCUAAGCACCCGUACUACGACGCUAAAUCCAACCGCGAUAGCCCCAAGUGGUCGGUAGUGCACGUCGAGUUCCGUCACAAGCUCAAGAAGCAGGUCACGUUGGCUGAGCUCAAGGCCAACAGCCAAGCAGGCAAGCCGCUCGAGAACCUAAUGACCCUCAAGCAGUCAAGACUCAGUGUUUCGAGGGUGACCCCAGAUGAAUGGCGAUCCAUCUUGGAAAUGGCGGGUGAGGAUCCACACGGGCCCCAAUUUUAA